AUGGGUUGGAAUGGGCCCUUCCAUACCAUUCCAGAAUGGUCAAAAAUGUUUGGAAUUGUAUGUGAUAGUACGGAAUGGCCCAUUCCAGCCCAUUCCGCCUUUUCUCCCUUGGGUGAAGCUGUUCCGCCGCGUAUGCUGAAACGACAGUUACGUAAAGAAUAUGCAGAUAUGGAAGAGAAAAUUAGUCAUGUAACAAACGAACAUCGGUCACCUGUCGAUAUAUGGAAGAGUCUUCAAGGUCCAACAGCGACACGUGAAACACGUAUGGAAGUUGUUGCAUGGGUGGCCGUUUGUGAAUUUAAGUGUCGUUUGGAAGGUGGAUUUGUGCGUGAUUGGAUUGUGGGGAACUAUUCAACGAGACCAACCAACUUGUUACCCAAACAAUGGAUUGAGUACCAGUCGGGGACUAACAUACCAAUGUUAAACAAACAAUUGGUUCCAUCAGAUCUUGAUUGUCAUUUACCAGCAUCAGAGUACUUUGACAUUGAAAAAUUUUCGGAUAGAAUGUAUAAAUUUAAAAUUAGUGCCAAAGUAUUUCGACAAGAUUGGCGAUAUGUCGUAUUGUUCGAUGAAGACUACGAAACGGGACCAUUUACUAUGGAUCUGAUCGAACCGCAUAUCGCACUCACACAUGAUCGUAUUGAUUUUGAUGUCAGUAAUUUAUCUGGAACACAUCCAAUUCAAUUGGAACAAAUUGUUGACAAUAUUCGCAAUAAACGUUUCCAGGUAUUGCGGCCAAUUGAAGGUGAACAGGGUGUAGCGAUUCCGGGAGCAAUCCGCCAACGUAUAGAUAAAAUGGAAGCAAGAGGAUGGACGCAAUUUGGUAAAGCAUUGUUUUUUAUACCAGAUCCACCGACAACCUACAAUGCGGUACUCAUUCCAUUUCCUUCCUCGACAACUCUCUAUCAAAAUCUUGUCACAGAAAUGAAAAAGAUACCCGGUUCGAACGUGAUAUCUAUCGAACAAAUUAAAAAUCCAGAUAUUGAAGCUCUAUACGAAUACAUGAAAAAGACAAUAUCCAAAGAAUGUCCCGGAAACGAUCCUAAUGAACGGGAACUGUUUCACGGAACGAAAGCCGAUGGCAUUGAUGGAAUAUUUAAUCGAGGAUUUGAUGAUCGUUAUUACAAUUCAGGCGGUGCAUGGGGACAUGGUGCUUAUUUCGCCGAUGAUCCACGAAAAUCGCAUGCAUAUACAGCGCCUGAUGUAAACACACAACAACGUAUCAUAUUCUAUAACAAGGUCUUAUUGGGUGUUCAGUCAGUAAUGACGGCCACCAAUGCAUUAAGCGCUGCUCCAGUUAAUUAUCAUUCGGUGCACGGUACAGGAUUUGCCUAUAAUGAAUACAUUGUCUAUCGAUACGGGCAGGCAUUACCCUAUUUAAAAAUUACCUAUACUACACCUUAA